AUGGCGAUCAGAUCUGUACCCAACAUGGGCCAAGGGGAACUUCUCCAGAAGGUGCCUCUGCACGCCACGGACACGGAGGCAACGUGCGUCACCUCGGCGGCCAAAGGUUUGGGGGGCGAUGCGGUAGAGAUCAUGCAGACCUGCGGCCAGGGACUCACUGCCUCAGGCGUGGGCUUCAGCUACGUGACGCGGUGGUCCCAGCCUUCCGACUGGCCGGAGGAGGAGCCCCCGAUUUUGAGCGAGGAGCUGCUGAUCCCGGCAGGCAGCCACGUGAUUCUGGACGUGCAGAGCGGAGCGCUGAGUUUGUUGCGGGUGGAGGGCCACCUGGAGGUGGACCUCUCGCGUCAGGACCUGGUGCUGGAGAGCGAGCGCAUUUGGCUCCGGGGCGGGCGCCUCACCGCGGAACCGGACAGGAACUCCAGCUUCUCCAUCCACAUGGCCGAGAGUGAGGUGGUUUCCCCGGAGGUUCCAGGUUUGGGGCAUCUCCAGCUGUUGGUCACCGACCGCCAGACUGAGAACUCCGCCUGGCCGGAAGCGCAGGGCAGCCUGCACCUGGGCGCGCCACUGCAGAGCCACCGCUCCUCGCUGCUCGCCCACCCGGUGAAGAGCGGCAGCCAGGUGCUGGAGCUGCGAGAAGCUUUGGACCUAGAUCUCGGGGACCAGGUGCUGGUCAUGGGCGGCUCGCACUCGGCCACGGAGCUGCAUGAGGUCACCUGGCUGGAAGACGGCGGUCGCAUUCUUCAUUUGGCCGCGCCGCUGGCCUUCGACCGGGAGGGCGGCACCAGAGGGCUGGACGCCAUCAUCGACGAGGUCUUCUUCAACUUUGGCCAGGUGGACCUCAGCGCCACGGUGGCCUCCCUCCGCGGCAGCGCCUUCAGCGCAGCAGCCGGCGGCGGCAGCCUCCGCUGCGCCUCGGGGGGCAGCUGCGGCGUGCAGGGUAUGGUCUUCAGCGGCUGCGGCCAGGUCUCGACAGGCACCGCGGGGCUUCCGUGCCUCACGAUGCGGGCAGUGCAAGAGCCACACGCGGCGUAUGUGAAGCAGUCGGCGUUUCUGAACGCAGAAGGGCCGGCGGUGCUGGUUCAGGCCAACUCGGGCACGGCGGAGUUCAGCGAGAACGUGGUGAUGUCCCCCAAGGGCCCGGGAGUCACGGUGAGCACCUUGAGGGGCGCGGUAGCGCCGAAAGCGGCGGUGACAGUGCAUGGGAACCAGGUGGUGUCGCCCCGGACGUCGGCUGUGGGUCUACCGUGGUUCCAACACCCCGUGGCCUUCGACAUGAAAACCUCUGCAUACUACACCGAGAACUUUGCCUCCGGCGCAGAGGCCUGCUUCCUCUUCGACCCUCGGGAAGACUCCACGGAGACAGGUGUUGCCGUCGGUCUGGCGCGGUUCCAUGGCAACGUGGCCCACGCCUGUACCUACGGCCUGCUGGUGGUGGAACUGCGCGAGGGCGAGACCAAGGUCUUCGACCAGUUCACGGUCUUUGCGAGCGACUACGGUGCCUAUGUGCACGGCUGCGACCGGUGCCGCCUGGUGAAUUGGGCCUGGGUGGAGUGCAACAUGGGCAUCUUCGACAAGGACUCUGCUCCCAUAGUGACCGAUGACCCUUGGAUCGAGAACGCCACGGCGGUGGGCACUAGGCAGAUGUUCGGGGCCUUCGAGGUGAACCUGGGGCCGCAGGUGAUGCUCAGCGAGCGCGAAGGCCGGCGUAUCCGCAACAUGACCUUCUUCCUCUUUGGGAAUAGCCCCUGCGUGCACGGGGGCUUCCGUCCGGUGACCGUGCGCACGGAAGCCAUGCGCUUCAUCCAGAGCUUCGUAGAGAUUUACACCUUAGCCCCGGCGGGGUAUGCAAUCUUCGCCGAUCUGGAUGGCAGUCUGUCGGGCCAAAGAGGAGGCUUUGUCACCGGGGACAAGAUUUACAACCGCCACUCCUCCUGUACGUCUGCGGGAUCAGAUGCAUCGCGCCGCUUGCUGUGCUCCUCGGACAUUUUCGUGCGUGCCUUGAAGAUCACAGGAGUGCAGCCGGCGGAGCUGGUGGGGACGGACCUGGUGGUGUGGUCCAUCUUCGGCACCGGCAACGUGCCCUACACGGACGGCUGGCACUUCACAGUGGUGGGCGCGGUUCAGCGGGAGGACUUCGUUUGGCCUUUGCGGCGCUGGGCGGAGACAGGGCCCACGCCGGUGGAGUGGCGCAUGCUGCCCUUCUGGUACACGCUGAAAGCCGACAGCCAUUUGGACUGGCAGCGCCUGCGCGUGAGCUACGGCGCGCCUGGGGUGAUGACCAAAUCCGAGUGGGUCGGCUUCCACUUCACGUAUCGUCAGACGCCAGUGAGGCAGUUCGAGGCGAUUGGUGUCAGUGGCUCCUGCUUCGAGCCCUAUUACGACUGGCUUGACCGAGGUGGCUAUGCGCUUUGGGCGCCGGAAAUACUUUUCACAACAACCCGGACCUUGACGUCCACUGUGACACUGACCUCAUCCACAACCUUCACAUCCACCUCGAGCAUCACCAGCACUACCACGCAGAGCACCACGUCGUCCACCACAACUUUCGAGUUGAUGGACGACAAUGACACCAACGACACCAACGAAUCAAACGAAACCAACAUCACCACCACCACCAGCACAGUGACGACUUCCACCAGCACGACGGCCACAAACACCAGCACCACGACGAUGACCACCACAUCCUCAUCCUCCACGGUGAGCAGUACCAUCACGACCUCCAGCACCUCUCAGACCACCACAUCGCGGAGUUCCACAACGACCACCACCUCCUACUUAGGCAGUCGCACGAGUACCUCCACAGAGACGACCAUCACCAUGACCACAACCACCACCUCCACCUCCACGACUGUCCCGUUGGCCGCGCCGCUACGCACCUUGAGCGUCUUCCCCGAGCCCCGCUUUGGCUGCGGAGCGCUCUCUUUCCAAUUCGAGUUCUGCGAGAGGGCCGGGGGGUUGCCUUAUGGCCCCUGCCUGCCGGAUGGCCCCGUGGUGGGCUGGACCAACUUCACGGAGAUGGUGAACUCCACGCUUUUUGCCAACGGCACCGUGGCGGUGAUGAUGGCCAACAGCGACCAGGGCGACUUUCAGAAUCCUUUGGUAGCGGACUUGGUGAACACCGGCUGCGGAGAGGGGGGCUGUGCCUUUGUGGAGGAGGCUCGAGUGGUCAUGGGCCCGCCGGGCAACUGGACACUGCCGGAGAGCUGGCCAGGGCGGCAGCUGCCCAUCGGCAUGGAUCAGCUGGUGGUCAUUCCACCGUACUACCACAUUGUGUAUAACAACUUCACUGCCAUAGGUAUGGUCGGAGACCUGAAGGUCUACGGAAAGCUUUCCAUGGCGGAGGAGGAAGGUCUGAAGCUGCUGGUGAAGUCCAUCCAGGUCCACGCCGGAGGCGUGAUGCAAGUGGGCACGUCCUAUGCCCCGCAUCGCACCACUGCCAUCAUCUCCUUUUGGGGCGUGACCUACGACUCGUUCCCGGCCUACAUCUCCACGAACACCGAGUGGGGCCGCAAGGUCUUCGGGGUCUACGAGGGCAACGUGAGCCUCCACGGCAAGGCUUAUACCCACAGCUGGGGUGAGCUCUUUGUGACUGCAGAGCCAGGAGAUGAGAUGAUUCGUGUACGCGAAGAUGUGGGUGACUGGCCCGUGGGCUCGGAGAUCGCCCUGACCACCAACGAGUAUCCCAGCCUCAACGGCACCUUCACGGAACGGCGCUUCAUCGUGAGCAUCGUCUUCUACCCGCCCAGCACGGAGAUCGUGCUGGACCGGCCCCUGCACCAUCGCCACUUCGCGGGCAAGGCAUUUGAGGACUCCAGCGGCACGCUGAACAUCCACUCCAAGGUGGCGCUGCUGAGCCGCAGCAUCUUAGUCACCACGGAGGAGGCCUUCACAGGGGCCGAGCGGUUCCCGGACGCGGAGCGGGGGGUGCCCAUCGCGGGGCACGGCGGGGAGUGGUUCGGCCAGCACAUGGUGGUCUCCGGCGCCUCUUUCCUGUCGAUGUCCUGGGUGCAGCUGAACCGGGGGGGCCAAGAUGGCCUGGGCUUGACGCGCUUCCCCGCGCUGCGGGUCUUCCAGCCGGAGAUCUACACUCGAAACCUGCCCAGACCCUACCUGGAGGCCGUGUCUUUCACAGAUAGUUACAUCCGGGCGCUGGAGGUGGUGGGCUCUUGGGGCCUCGACCUGCUGGACAGCGUUUUCUGCUCGACAAGGGGGCCAGCCUUGGAAGCGGGAGUUGACAUGGGCUCCUUCUUCCUGCUGCGGAACUUGGCCAUCGAUACGCGUCCUGAGCCGCCUGGGGCGGAGUUGGGCUUGACCUAUGAACCCACCGCGGUGUUCCAGCUACAGGCGCGUCCCACGGUCUUCGCUGGGAACGUGGUGGCCGGAGGGCCGGACAUCGGGGUGAUGAUGCGGCCCCACACCUGCGAGGAAGUGGCCGAGGCUCCCGAGCCGGAAAUGAACGAGGUCUUCGGCUGUGUGGUGGGCUUCUUCGUGCUCCGGUCCUGCGUGACGGAAGGGGGAGGCCCUGCAGCCUGCCCCCAGAGCUGGGACUGCGUCCACAUCACAAAGCUGCAGGCUUGGAAGAAUGCUCACGUCGGCAUCCUUUUUGUGGACCAGCCCGCCAACAUGAUCAUUUCCGAUGUGACGGUCUUUGACAACCACAUUGGCAUCACGGGAAUCUUUCAUCGCCAGAUGGGCGACAUGCUGCAUUCCUUCAUCCUGCGUGAUAGCAAGGUCUACGGCUCCACGGAGCUCUCCUCGUGCCAGGCCUCGUUGCAGUGCCUGGCCGUGGGCCCCAACGAUGCGCGCCCGGAAAGGUGCCACUCCGUGCCGGGGCCAAGCUUUCGCAGGGUCGGCAUCCUGUUGCCAAUCAUCACCAACCGCGGGAAGACCUGCGAGGAUGGACCUGUGUUGCGCGCCUGCCCCAUGGCCAUCCUGCCGGAGAGGGACUGCGCCAUGCCCUGGGAGCUGCGCUAUGGGAACCGGGGCUCCAGGAUGUCAUCGCAGCGAAUCGAGGACGUAUACUUUGGUGGCUUCCAGCCAGAGGACUGCGGGCUCCGGUCGGUGGCCAUCGCUUACAACCCCAGCUCACGAGACUUCAACCCGCCGCUGGAUGUCCGCGGACUCAAGUGGGCCGAGGCGCCGAUCUUCAGCAAGACCGUCACCAACUACUCGCUGAAGAUGGAGGGUCCCACCGCCAGGUCCCACCCGGACUAUGUGAACAGCCGCAUUCUGCUGGAGCCGUGGACCGGGUACCAGGGGGAAGGCAGCUGUGGGGAGCCCACCCUCUCGGAGGCCGUUCGGCGCAAGCUGGGAGUGGAAGGUGAGCUGCCCUUCUGCCCUGGGAUGCAGCAGACCUGGCUCCGGGACGUGGACGCAUCUCUGCUGAACGCUGGGCCGGUGGUGCUGCUGCCCACGCAGAGCCUGCUGCCGGCGCAGUGCGACGUGACCAGCAGUGACUUUGUUGGUACUACCCUGGUGCCCAGCGCAUUGCCCCCGCCCUGUGAGCAGUGUGGAGGCACAUGGGCACACACCUUGGAUGGUGGCCUGACCGCGUGUGCCGACCGCAUGCGGAUGCUGAAUUGGGAAAGCCUGGAUCCGGAUUGCUGCGGCUUCUACCGCCGCGAGCUCGGGAUGCUACGGGCUACCCGCCCGGAUGGCGCCUAUGAGGAGACCUGGCCAAUGUUCGACGAGUCUUGCCCGCGAGGCUUGGAGUACGGCCGAAGCUCCUACAUCAUCCGCGUGGAAGCUGGCCUCUCACUGGAGCUGCGAUUCCUGGGCAGCUCGCGCCUGCCCAGGCUGAGUCGGCUCCACUUCUUCGCAGAGAGCGUCCAGGAUGAAGUCCUGCUGCAAAUCCCCUUGGGCCGUUUGCGGAGGCCGCGCUUGUACAUCUUCGGCAUCAACUUCGACAUCAUGCGGCGCACGGCGAUCCCCAAUGUGGGGGACAGCCAUGGCGCCAUGUUUCUGGACCGGGACUUGCUGCGGCUCUACGUCAUGGUGCGAGGUAUGCCUGGAGGUCUGCAGGGGCAAGGGGUGUUGCUGCAACUUCUGGAAGUCUUUGAGGCGGAAGUGGUGGUCUUUGUGCCCCUGGAGGAGUUCAGCGAGUUUGUCUUCGUGGCAGACGUGUCGAGGUCCUUGAACGUAUCCCAAGACCGCGUGGCGCUGGUGGACAUCCGCUACGACGGCCAGAAGUGGCUCGCGGGGCCCAACGGCCGACGCUUGGAGAUGGUGGAUACUCUGCGCAUCAAGUUUGAGGUCUCUGAGGAUCCCGACAGCCUCAGCGCUUUUGCGCUGUCGGACAGGGCCUGGGACCCUCCGGGCGCCUACAACGCCUUCUUCGAGGAGUCGCCGCGGUAG